AUAUUGAAAUUAUUGAAAUUUCAAUAAAAAAAUUUUUGGUAAAAUUACAUCAUUAUCAUCAUCAUGGAUGCAAUGGAAACAAUGGAUAAACCAUUGUCGACAAUACCAUCUGUUAAGCCGAAUUUUCCAUUAAUACCAAAAAUUAUCAAUGGAGGUAUUGCCGGCAUUAUUGGUGUUACAUGUGUUUUUCCUAUUGAUCUAGUAAAAACACGGCUACAAUCACAAAGUAUUAAACCAAAAGAAAUUCCACAAUAUAAAUCAAUGGCCGAUUGUUUUCGAAAAACUUAUGCAAAAGAAGGUUUUUUCGGAAUGUAUCGUGGAUCAUCUGUCAAUAUUCUAUUGAUAACACCGGAAAAGGCAAUCAAAUUGACGGCAAAUGAUUUUUUUCGUCACCAACUUUCUGAUCGUUCUGGCAAUAUAACAUUACACCGAGAAAUGAUUGCCGGAAGUUUAGCUGGUCUUUGUCAAAUUGUUGUAACUACACCAAUGGAAUUGCUUAAAAUACAAUUACAAGAUGCUGGCCGCUUACAAACAGCUGGCAUUCAGGAACGUCAAUCGGCCACACGAAUUGCAUUGAACCUGAUACGAACAAAAGGAAUUUUUGGUUUAUAUCGUGGUACGGCAGCCACAAUGGUCAGAGAUGUAACAUUCUCGGCAAUCUAUUUUCCAAUGUUUGCUAAUUUAAACAAAUUGGGACCAAAAACCACUUCAAAUAAUGGCGGUGGUGGUGGUGGUGAAACGGUAUUCUGGGCAUCAUUUCUUGCUGGUUGUGUUUCUGGAGGAAUAGCUGCAUCUGCUGUUAAUCCUAUAGAUGUGAUUAAAACACGAUUACAAACAUUAAAAAGAGCUGAACAUGAACAACAUUAUUCUGGAAUACGUGAUGCAUUUAUUAGAAUUUGGCGUGAUGAAGGUAUUAAAGCAUUUUUCAAAGGAGCCGGUUGUCGUGUAAUGGUUAUUGCACCAUUAUUCGGUAUUGCACAAACAGUUUAUUAUUUGGGUGUUGCAGAAUAUUUAAUUGGAAAAUUUCAUAAAUCAAACGACAACAAUAGCAAUGAUUUUAAACAUUAUCAUCAUCAUCAUCAUCAUCAAAAAACCCAUUGUUAUGUUGUUGGUCAUCUUUAUUGUCAUUGUUAA